GCUACAUGGAUGCGUGGACUGAAUGUAGUUGUGGAAGACAAGCACAAGCCGACGACUCCUACGCCGAACAAUCGCAGCAAAAUGCGGAACUAUCUCCGCAAAAAUUCAGAAACCAAUGGUGUCCCGUUUUGCGGACUAAAAAUGCGCGAUCUAGGUGCCAUGCAAACAGCGAUCGCUCUAUUGUCUGAGUGUUUGCAAAUCCCGAGUGACAUUCUACGCAGCGCAGCCUCGAAAACAAAGAGAACAAAAGUCGCGACUUCAUCCUUCAUUUCAACGUCCUCGGCGGACAUGCACCAGAACCAGAAGGUUGAUCAUUUCGAGGAGCAGCAAAAUUUCUAUCGGUCUAGAAGAGGUGUUGCUGCGCCCCUUGGUGAAGGAGCUUCUUUCGCCGGUCAGGCAGACCUCCACGAUGAGUCCUCCUUACUUCCACCAGCCCGCGACAACAUGGGAAAGUCUUCAGAAGUUGUAUCCAAGUCCAACAUCAAGCCUGAUCGCAAAUUUGUGGAUUUAGCUCUUUUGUUGCGUCGAGAGACACUAGUAUCCAGGGCAUCAUCGUCGAGAGACACUACCUCCAGUAAGUCAGAAACGUGGAUGUGCGGUCUGACUCCCUUGUGUCCCGGGACUGCGGCACUUCGAGCAUCUCUAGAAAAGAGAGGACAGAGUUCCAACAAGUACGAUUGUGCAGCUGCAGAUCUUUCACCGCGGAGCCUUCAUGCGGCCAGGUUACAAAGUCCUCCUCCACCACAUCUGUUUUCAGGAACAAGUGGGGGUUCUGGACGGAAAGCCUAUUCAACAGAGUACUACGGUCAUCCGCAAAGUACACCUCCUUCGGGUCGACACCACGAAAACUACAGUACUACUACUAGGUCCGGCGCAAAGGCUCCUCUAGUCUCGCCAAGAUCUGGGGAUGCGAGGAGAAAUGUGAAGAGCAGCGUGAAGCGAAAUCGAGGCCCUUCUGUGAUGUCCGAUCGCUUCUUACUUUUGGCAGCUGAGAACGACGGACUGGGAAGUGAGCAAAUGACCGAGUACGGGUCUCCUGAAGAUUCGAGUGAGUCCUCUGAUGAUUCAGGAGCAGGAGAGCAAAGGGCAAUAUCUUCAACUUCAUCAUCAUCAUCCACUACAAUCAGGAAAAAGGCAAGUGGUAAAAACGGUCUGUACGACUUUGCGCAUAGUUCGAAAUAUCAGGGGUCGUCGUCGUGCGAGCCGCUUACAGGAGCUUCAUCACCUGACGUCGAUGCCCUCCAACAUUCUACUCCAGCAGACUUUCCCGCAGAUCAACCUGGGUCAUACCUCCUCAUCUCUCAAUUCAUCUUGAAUUUAGGCACACAAACUGCUGGACACCCGCUCUCUCAACUACAUCUGCUUGCGCUUUUUCAGAACUACCUUCUUUCACCCAAGGGCCGGCGAAUCCUGACAGAAAUACGGGUUUUGCUACGUUUGCUGGUCGGCGUCGGUCAGGCUAAACUCGUUUUUUGUGCAGAAAAGAAUUUGCAGAACCUCACAAAUGUAGAUUUGGUUACUUCUCAGCUAGUCGUUACAAGAACCGCUGCACCCUCAACUGGUGCGAAGAGGACCUCUACUCCGGUUCUAUCGAAAGAAAGGUCUUUACGACAGGAAGAGCCUUUCAAUUACCUACCUCCGUGGAGUCUCCUCGUCGCAACCGCUCCUGUACAACACAAGUUAGAUUUCCUUUUCGAGCUAGUGGAUGUGUGGCAAAUGCCAGGUUUGGCACUUGCCUUAGCAGAUGAAGAGAACCACAAGCUACAAAAAGAACUCCAAUGCAGAGUAUUCGCUCACCUGUUGCGACAACCACUGCGAGAUCAAGAACUAGAGGCAUUUCUGUCGCAACCGCAGGUGCGUGAGGGGACAUUGUUGAAGGACAACGACGAAUUCAUCGCCAACAGUGUAGGCGAUGCAGCUGAUGAGCGUGUGGCUUUUGUUUUAUCCGUGUGGUGUCGUGAUUCCGGAGGAAACACUAUGCCUAUGGCUGGAGGGCCUGGAAACAACAACGCUGGUUGCAGAGGCAAAGUUAAGGUCAGCUUUUAAUAGUGUCCAUCUUUCUCAGCAUCUCGGUACGCCCUUUUCCCUUGUAUUUCAUGGGGUCCAUCUUUCUCAGCAUCUCGGUACGCCCUUUUCCCUUGUAUUUCCUGGGAAGCAAUGGGGUCGAGGUGAGGGGGUCGAGAUGAAUAAAAGCAGACUCUAACAAAGACUACCACACAGAAAUUUUGUGUGCUCUCGACAGCGACACUUUGGAUUACUACCUGAAACUGCCUUUGCGACUGGAACAACAGCAACGUCAAGGUCAAUUUCAACAUUGUUCAGCUUCAGUUGAAAUAAGCGAAGGAUCAUUAGCAGUAGGGCUAGGAGACCAGAGGGAAACGCUAAGAGCGGCAAGCAGCUUGCUGGAGCAUCCUUUGCUGCAUAGAAUUUUGGUCCGUCAUCCUCGGAUACGGAAUAUCCGAAGGGUGAUCGACAAAUUACGAGCUUUGUAGGAGUUUUUGUUCUACUAGCUAGAAGUGAUGGGUCCAACAGUGAAAUAAGUUUCUUGAAUUCUAACUCUUAGGGAGAAUAAGUUUCUUGAAUUCUAAGGCCAAUGAAAUUGUUCUACUAGCUAGUGAUGGACCCAAGAACAGUGACUCCACAAACAUAUCCAAAGUUAACCGAUCUUAAUGCAUCGCGGGCUUUCUUAACACCAAGCAGGCAAUAAAACUGAUAUUUUGACUUUUCUUAACACACACACACAUUGUUCUUUAACCGAACAGAUCACUGUACUGUAGCUGUACUGUUUUCACCACAGCAGCAGCAGGCUGCUGCUGCUGGUGGUGCUAUCCCUUGUUCAUUUCUGUUGACCACACACGAGAUAUUUUGCAAUAUUUCUCUCUUACCAGCAGCUGUUCAUCGGCAAAGUAGACAAUUUUAAGAUAUUAAAAAACAAGGGCGAGUACGUCCACCUGAUCCUCACGGCAUUACAAAUGUCAACCAAGAAGGCAACAGCAAAGAAGGG